AUGGUCCCUGCUUCUGACAUGGAACAGAAGAUCCUGAGCCGAAAAAGAUUGCUGCAAAGAUACCUGUACAUGCAUGGGAGCACGACGCACCAUGACGCCUACUGCCAGGAACCUUCCUUGCACCGCCGUGUAACCGAGGCGAGCCGAAUUAUGGCACAUCCGGCGCGGCACGGUGAGGGCACGCUGCGCGAGCAACGAGGUCGUCGCGCUGGCUAUAGAGGCUGGCCCCUCCGCACCUCAGACUGUGCAAACUGCUCGCUCGGAGACCCCGGUAGCUUGCUGGCAAGAUCUCACAGGUGGCCGUUUCAGGCGAGCGGCUCGGCAGAACGGGCCAGAGAUUGCACAAAGUGA